AUGGGACAUACUUGGCGUACGCCCUCUCCCACCAGGGAGGCCUAUAUCAGCUCCAGCAACGUGAACUCGCCGCAGGUUUUACCUCAAGUUCACGACGAUCUUCAUUAUGAGCAAGCAAGCUAUCAGCAACGCGUUGACGGUCGCGCUUCCGCUAUUGCGGCGGUAGAGACUGCAAAGUACAGCCGACGCCGCGACGCAGCAUUGUCACGUCUCUAUAACGUCUUUGAUGGCAAGAGCGACUCAGGCGACCAGAAGCCAUACAGUCAGACUGUUAGCGCCAGCAGCGAGGAUGGAGGUGUAGCACAGCCUGAGCAGCCAUCCACUCCAAAGAAGAACCGCGUACCGAUCCUUUGGCAUGGACUACCAUCCCCAGAAACGCCGACAUUUCGCAACUAUACACGAGCGAUCCCUUCAGCUAGCUCUGCGCAAGAGGAGCUAUCAUGGCAGACUUCCCUCGAGGAGACCAAGAGCGACAUUGAAACCGCCCUAGUGACGGCAAAUCACACUACCAACAAGUUCUCGGUACCGGCGCAGUCUCCUAUUGACAACGACAAGGCGAACGACGGUUUGAAGCCUAUAAUCUCCGCUGAUGCGAGACUGGCUCGCGAACUUGAAGAGUCUCUGAACCCGACGGUCACGCGUCGCAGUACUAGAUUGCGCGCACAGCCCAAGCCAUCAUUACCAAUCGCAGCGCCCAAGACUCUUCGCAAAUUGUUGCCCGCGACGAAACCAACGGAGUCUUCGGCACAUCCAGAGUUCAGCUUCAGCACUGAGCCUAUCAAGGCCGACCCGGUUCCCUUCGAAGGCCUGCCAACCGUCUAUUCACUGUCGUGGCAGUUGCAAUAUCCACCGGGUGGCAGCACGCACCCUUGCUACCCGUAUCCCUCUCUGGACCCUCGUCUGCUCUUCCACCAAGCCUUCGUCCCAAUCAUCGGCGGCUUACCCGACUUCACCUUAGUUCAGAAGCUCGUGCUUCCAAUGGGGUGGAAGCAUGUCUCAUGGUCUGGUCUCCUGCCCAUCGCCUUCGAUCCGUAUCGUCAAGCGUUUAAGCUCACACCGGUGGGGCCAAUGCCGCUUACGUGCGAAGAACUUCAUCAACAAGGCUUGCACAAGUAUGUACCAGGUGGCGAACUACACCCUGAGUACGGACUGGUGCCCGAUAUGCUAAAACUCAGCGACGGAAGUAACACCGAUGUCUUCGAUUUCGACGGUGUUGAUUGGGUCUUGCCGUGGAAGGGUCAAAUCGAUUUCCACGCCCCUUCCAAUGCUACAGACGAGCAGCUCGGCAGCUAUGAGCCUACCAGCCCCGUUGGCUCCGACACUUUUGCGCCCAUUGUCAACUUUCCAUGGAGCGAAGCGCGUGACUGUCCGGACAAGGUCUUCGAUCUCUGCGAUGCGUGGCGUUGGCUAUCAUCCAAAGAGACCAACCCUGACGCGGACUUCAUUCCCACACCUGGUAUGAACUGGCGAGGGACUGGCGCAAUGCGCUCACAACGUAGACUUAAGUCACCCAUUCCCGAGCUGAUGAUGCUUGCCAUGCCUGAUCCGACUACAUCGGAAAACAAGCAUAUUGUGUUGCUUCAGAACCAAGAUCAGGGCGUCAAGGAUAAGAACCACCAGUUUUGUCCAUUCAAGAGUGUCGCGACAUCCGUCAUGGCCGACAUAACCCUCCUUGACGACACCGAGUUCACGAUCAUGGAGCUACUGUCGUACUUUCCUCAACACUACUACUGGGGUCAUGCAGCUGAGCGAUUGACAAGGGCGGGCGUGACUGGGACUCUGAUACGGGAUUUCCUUAUCAUGACGCGAGGGCUUCAGGGCGAUGAGAUCAUGAUGGCAAACAGUAUUGCACAGGCAGCUAAGGUUGCCAAGAAGAGAGAUUGCGUCAAGGUCGAAGAGAUGGACAUUGAUGAAGUCGGGAAGGAUACACCAUCACCUACACCCGCUCCUGUCAUCGAUUCCACAGUUGUCGACCUGACUUCGAGCUAUACUGCUGAAGGGUGGAUCUACGAUGUAUGGGAGAAGAUCGACUACCCGCUUCUUGCCCUUGCCCAUGGCUUGCAGUCGUUGCCUACAGGUGUUGAUGCCGGUCCGCUGACUGCACUCAUACUUUGGUGCCGAGAGAAAGGUCGGUACAAAGCUAUGCUUAGCGAAAUCCCUGCGCUGUUGAAGGAGGCAAAUAUUGAGCCGCUGAUCGAGCCUGGCGAGAAUGGCUGUCCAGAUAAGGAAGUCGCAGGCAGACAUGCUGGGGCAUUAAAGAAGGACCGACUAAGGGUGGUUAGAGAUGCGGGUGUUAGCAAGAGGGCACUGGAUGGUAGUGUUGGUGGGACUCAAGGAAAGAGAAAGAGGGCUGAGUAG